GCAUUAGUUCCCAAGGUGACGUCAGACUGUACGGCUGGGGCUGGGCUGGGAAAGAAGCGCCGCUGGAAAACCCUGUAACGGUACGCUGCACCUACCCACCCGCGGCAUCCCUUACUGAGCCCCAGUUCACCAAAAGAGACCAACUCCCUUCCAUCACAUUGGGACUUUAUGGGGUGGUGGGGAAGGCCUAGUCCCCCACCUUGAUCAGGCCAGACACCCCACAGGUCCCCCCUAGCCAUGGACAAACAAGGAGCCAUGAGUGCACCAGGCAAGGUCAGCGGGAUCAAACCCCCCAGUAAAAUAGUCCGUCCAUCUGGGGUGCCAUCAAAGACGUCUCCAUCCUCUGGUACUCCAAAGCCAGUUCCUCCAGAGAAGCCCCCUGGCAGUGUGACCUCCCCAACCCAGGAGGGAAGUGCGGACUUCCAGAUCGGAGAGAGGGUCUGGGUCAAUGGCAACAAGCCUGGCUUCGUGCAGUUUAUCGGGGGCACACAGUUUGCUCCCGGGCAGUGGGCGGGGAUUGUGCUGGAUGAGCCUAUCGGGAAGAACGACGGGUCUGUGGCAGGGGUCCGGUACUUCCAGUGUGAGGAUGGGAGGGGGAUAUUCACGCGGCCUUCAAAACUGACCAAGACUGCACUGCCAGAGAAGGAGGCAAACGGGGGGCAGGCCAGUCCGGCACCAGGAGCCUCUGCAACAAGCGAGACUGCCCCUGUUGGCACUACCUCAACUGCUCAGGGCACCGGCAUAAAGGCAAGUGCUGCACUUAACCGAAUGCUAACAUCCAGCGAGUCGGUGUCUAACCUCUCAGACACAGAAUCCAUGAAGAAGAACAGGAGGGAGCUGAGGCUGGGAGACCGUGUGCUGGUUGGUGGUACCAAAGCAGGAGUAGUGCGGUUUCUGGGAGAGACAGACUUUGCCAAAGGAGACUGGUGUGGAGUGGAAUUAGACGAACCACUUGGCAAGAAUGAUGGAGCUGUAGCAGGGACCAGAUACUUUCAGUGCAUGCCCAGGUACGGUUUGUUUGCUCCGGUCCACAAGGUGACACGUAUUGGCUUCCCCUGCACCACACCUACCAAAGCCAAGAGCUCACGGAGGAGGUCCACCCUCAAGAGGAGCCCGAGUGCCUCCUCCAUCAGCUCGCUCAGCUCCGCCACCUCCUCCAUCAGCGGCAAACCCAGCCGAGCAGGACUGCUGACAGAGACGUCCGCUCGGUACGCUCGUAAGAUUUCUGGCACCACGGCGCUGCAGGAGGCUCUGAAGGAGAAGCAGCAGCACAUCGAACAGCUACUAGCAGAGAGAGACCUGGAGAGAUGUGAGGUUGCAAAGGCAACCAGCCAUGCAGGAGAGGUGCAGCAGGAGCUGACUCUGCUGAGAAAAGGGCGGGAUCAGGUCAGAUGCACACAUGGAUGUUAUCUGCAGUCGAACAAGAACGCAGGGAAAAGCUGUUAUGAAUAUGCAGUGGAGAUGGAAGCAAAGUUGGAUCAGCUGCGUUCGCUGGUGGAGGCAGCAGAUCGAGACAAAGUGGAGCUGCUCAACCAGCUGGAGGAGGAGAAGAGAAAAGUGGAAGAUCUGCAGUUUCGUGUGGAAGAGGCAUGCAUCACCAAAGGAGACCUGGAGACGCAGACCAGACUGGAGCAUGCCCACAUAAAGGAGCUUGAGCAGAGCCUGCUCUUUGAAAAGACCAAAGCUGAAAAACUCCAGAGGGAUUUAGAGGACACUAGGGUGGCCACGGUGUCUGAGCGCUCCAGGAUCAUGGAGCUGGAGAGGGAGGUGGCAGACCUCCAGCUGAGGCUCCGGGCGUCCCAGCAGAAGGAGGAUGCCGUGUCUCUGUCCCAGCAACAGAUCAGCAGCCUCAAGGCCCAGGCACAGUCUCAGGAGAAAAAGAUCAGUGAGCUGAGUGUCGACGUGGAGAGCAAACAGAAAGAGCUUCAGUCUAUGCAGCAAGAUAAGAGCUCUCUGGAACAGCAGCUAACCAGCCUGAGACAAAAGCUUGAGAGAUCUGAGGAGGAGAACAGGAGGACAGCAAAGACCAUGCAAGAAUUGGAGCAGAGUGUGGAGCAGUCAAAGAAAGACUACCAAACCCUGAAAGAGGAGAGUCAGUGCAGAGAGAAAGAGCUGACACAGGCUACUGAAAAAUCAGAGAGGACGACGCUGUCACUUGAGCAGCUGACCAAUGAGAAGAAGACACUGGAGACACAGCUUGAGGCUUUGAAACAGCAGAACUCGAAAUACCAGGAAGAGCUCAGCCUGACGAAGGAGCGGAGCAGCUCAGAAAACCAGCGUAUCGGAGUCCUCUGCAAGGAAAUUGAGGAGCUGAAGCUGGCCUCCCAGAAGUCUCAGCAUCUUGAGGAGCUCAAUGAAGACCGUAACAGUCAACAGCCAGACAUGAAGACCAGAGAAACCACCUCUAAUCAGGAGGGGGACAUAAACUUCCAGAAAUCCACUGGAGCUUUAAUCUCAGACAAAGACCGGGAACUGGAAACUCUGAGGAAUGAGAUCGCGGUGUUACGAGGAGAAAACGCCAUGGCCAAGACGCUGCAGUCGGCCGUGGAGACGUUGGAGAGAGACAAAGCUCAGCUGCAGAGCCGUGUUCACAGUCUAGAGCAAAGGCUCAUGGGAACACAGGCCUCAGAGGGAGAAGACAGGGAAGCUCCACCCACAGGCGAUGCAGCUCUGGAGCAGCUGAGGGAGGAGAAGGAGUUCGCUGAGGGACAGAUCAACUUCCUGAACAGUGUGAUUGUGGACCUGCAGCGGAAGAACGAGGAGCUGAAGAUCAAACUGAAGAAGCUCGCUCUGGCUGAGUUCAACGGCAACGACGGGACUGAUGGGUUUGUUGAAGGUGUGUCAAAGCGGGAAAAGAAGGCGACCCCGCGUCUAUUCUGCGAUAUCUGCGACUGCUUUGACCUCCAUGACACAGAGGACUGUCCCACUCAGGCCCAGAGUCCCGACUCUGUACCUCACACCACCUAUCACGGCAACCCGGCCGACGAGAGGCCCUACUGCGACAUCUGCGAGGCCUUCGGACACGCCACAGAGUCCUGCAACGAUGACCAGACCUUCUAGAGGCUCCAAAAACUCCAUUUUAAUUCCUUCCCUUUCCUGUUUCUUCUUCCCCUUAAACACAGCUCUCCUUUUUCUCUCCCACUACAUUUCCCACAACCCAGCCCGACAUGCCUGACUAAAUUCCCUUCAUAUUUUUCCAUAUUGUAUUUUUAUACUGUAUUUAUGCAUAUCACUGGUAGCCACUGUCCUGAUCUACAUCUUUUACUCUGCAGCUCUUUGCUCUAAAGAUAAACUCUUCUGACUGUAAUGCAGAAUGCUCGUCCAAAUAUGCUGCUUUGGUGCAAUAUUGAUGUUUAUAACAAAAGGAAUCCGUCCUCUGCACUUGGCGUUUUUAACGUGUCGUUUUGCAUUUAAGUUUGUUUCUAAAUUAAGCAGAAGUGAUGUUUCACAGCCAUUGUUUUUUGGGCUUUAUUUGUUAUUUAGCAAAAAAAUGAUGCAACACAAUUAAGCACAGAUCAAACUGAAGGGAAAAUGAAGCACCUCUCCGACAUUCCUGUCGUCACGUUCCUCAGUCUGUACAGCUACAAACCAAUCAGAGAGUGACACUGCCAUGUCAAACAUUUUACUAAUCUUUAAUGUUUAGUAAUAUUUUAUAAAGUCCUUCUUUCAGUUGAUCAACCUACGACGGAGUACUAGGGCCACCAUCAGGAAAAUAAAUUAUCUAAGAUUUCAAGAAAAAAAGUUGUAGUAUUUUGCGAAAAAGUAGAAAUUUUACGGGGGAAAAAUGUAAUAUUUCGAGAAAAAAUUUGAUUUCCAAAAACAGUUCAGUGGUACAAAAAUAGUGAAACAGCUUAAAUAACUUUGUCAAAUCUUCAGAUCUUCAUUAUCUACAACAAAAUUCAUAAAUCACUGACAAAAACAUUUAAUAUAGUCCUGUAGAAAUCAAAAUAAAUACUAAUUAAAUACUUCAUCUUGCCUUCUUUUCCUUAUUUACUACGACGAAGUAUUAAAAUCUCAUAAUAUAAUGAUUUUCUUUAUAUAUUAUGACUGUAUUCUCAAAAUAUAACAACUUUAUUCUCACAAUAUUACAAUAUUAUUCUUGUAAUAUAAAGACUUUUUCCCUCUAAAUAUUACAACUUUAUACUCGUAAUAAUACAACUUUAUUCUCUAAAUAUAACGACUUUUUUAUGCAACUGAUUAGUUAUUCAACUUUUUUAGUGGCCCUGAUACUCCGUUUUAAUCAACCUAAAUGUUAACCUAUGGAAAACCAAUAAUACUAUGUAACAUGAGCGAAGUUCAGUCUUGACUUUGGAAAUCGUAGUUUCCAAGGUUGCAAGCUUUUUUCCCAGAGCUUUCAACUGCCUCUCACUGUCCUCAUCAGUGGAUGGAGUUCAUUCCUGAGUUUACGGACAGGCUAAAGAGCGAACUCCUGUGUUUACUCCAUCUGUUGAUGAAGACCGUGAGAUGCAAAUGAAGACUGCAGAAAAAAAGCCAGUAAGUGGACCUUGACUUAAAGGGGAACACCACAGAUUUUACACAUAAAGGUCAGUUUACUUGUUUACUUACUUUUAUGUAGAAAGUGUCUCUACAACAUUUUUGUGUUUGACAAAACAAUAUCACUACAAGGUCCAUUUAAUAGCUGUUCUGGAGCUUUCAUCAUAAUCACAAUAUCUUCAUCAGCAGAUAGUUUCCCAGCUGUCGUGGAAUUUUAGGCGUUCAAGUUUCAGUUUUGUCCGAGCACUUUAGGGACUUCUCGUCUAUGUUGGCUCAAAAUUUGAGUUUAAAAGUUCAUCUACAUUUGCACGACAUUGUGGCAACUCGAUCAAAAGCUCCAGAACAGCUACUAAAUGGACCUUGUCUCAACAUUUUUGUGUAAUUACUUUUCCAUAGAUCAGCACAGAGGUUAAUAUCCUCAAAUAAUGCCACUGAAAGUUACUGAGGAUUUGUUGUAGUUAAUGAUGAAGUUGUUGUUAUUUAUUGUCUGAUCUUUCACUAACCGGUGAUGUUCCUACAGGGAAAUAAGCUAGCACUGAUUAAACGUGUAUAGACAGUACUAGCACUACUGUAGUAUAGGUGGGAGUACAGGAAGUACAGGUAGUACAGGAACUCACCCAGAUGAAACUAGUGAAGCCUCUACUAACUUAGUUUUGCACUGUCCACUUUAAAGAUUCAGCAGAAACAAACAGCGCUUUAACUUUAUGAUUCUAAUCAAAAGUGAUUUAAGGUCAGUACAGAUUAUUCUGUGUGCUGUCCCAUCUCAUACUGCCCUCUUUAAUUAAAGCAACAUUUGGGAAAAAUGCUUAUUUGCUUUCUGGCAGAGAGUUUGAUGAGAAGGUGGAUACCACUCGCAAUAUCUGUAUGCUAAAUAUGAAGCUACAGCAGGUUAGCUUAGCUUAGCACAAAGUCUGUAAACGGGGAAACAGCUAGCCUGGCUAUGUCCGGUACAUAACUCCUGUAGAACAGCGAAUUGUCAUUUUUACACUUCGGUUUUAGUACGGGAUAUUACUGAGAUUUUCUUACCUUUGGACAGAGCCAAGCGAGCCGUUUCCCCUCCGUUUCCAGUCUAAACUAAGUUCAGCUAAGCUAACUGGCUAGCCUUAUACUGUAUUUAAAGGGGAACUCCACCAAUUUUACACAUCAAAGUAGGUUUACAGGUUAUGGGGAGGGCUAAUGCAUAUGUGAAAUAAGUAGUAUAAAGCCUUUAGUGUCUCCAGAGGGAACUGUGUGAAGUCUGAUAAAUGUCCUCAAGUGAUGUCACUUGAGUCAGCGUCGGUUGAGGCUGAAGACUACAAGUUUGAAGAUGAAACAAAUCUGGUGUGGAGUUAAAAAGAAGUGAGCUCACCAGCUUACCUGUAGCCCGCUGCUCACCUCUGCUCCAGGUUAGCAGCUCGAGGCUACAUUAGCCGCUACUAGCAUAACACACUAAAAUCUCGGUGGUCGAGUUGCAUUGUGGGCAAUGUAGGCGCCAUGUUUUGACAAGGAAGAGAAUGCGUUGAAUAUAAAAGACGAUAUCUCUGCUUCCGCUGCAUCGAUUUUGGUCUUUUUUUGUUUUUAAACUGUCCAACCGUGAGUCCGACAAUGUUAUAGGAGUGCAAUAAUAAAUCAGUGGAGGACUCUUAACAGAGAGUGGAAUCAAUUUUCUCAUCUAUCUCUCUGCCACAAAGCGAACAAGUGUAUUUCCCAAAAUGUCGAACUGUUCCUUUAAAUUAAGCCUGUAUACCGACAUGUAUUUGACUUCUCUUGUUCUUAAGCACAAUUUUGGAUCAUAUUGGAUCUUCCAGUGUAACAGUGUUUAAUACAUGAUGCGACUAACCAUUGACACUAGACUUUGUAAAUACUAAUCAGAGGCUUCCUUCUGAUAAAAGUGUACACAGUGCCAUGGAACAAAAGAUAGCUUUUAUGUGUACUACAUUUUAUUUUUAUGCCCUGUUGAUAAGAUUGACAUUGUAUAAGGAGGUUUCCACUCCAGGGGAAAAAAAGCCCAUUUGUAUAGACUUUAAAACAUUGUGUACUUUAUAAGUGAUGCGUCUAAUUAUUAGUGUAAUGUUUUAUAUGUAACAAUUUCAGGCACCAUCUAGAAGUGGUUUCGAAAUGUUCAAACCACUUUACAGAUGUUGACGUGGUGUAAAAUGUCACUGUUUUCUAUGUACUGUAUACUCCUGAACAGUCCAAUACAAAUACUAAGGAAAAAAAGCUUGUGUUUAUGGUUUUUCACUCUAGCAGCAAUUAAGGUUUUUGCCUUGCAGCAAACAGAUCUACAACCUCUCAGACAGCAUUAAAACCCACUUUAUAGCUCAAAGGACAAUGUAGAUUAGCUGCUGCACUGCUCAUUAUAGUUUCAUCCCCAGAUCCAUUUACUCCUGAGAGGUUCAGGCAGCACAAAGAAACCUGCUCCAUUUUUCAUGAGGGCUGUUUCAUAAACCAAGAUUACCACUUAAA